UGUAAUGGUAAAUCCUUCAUUCUUCCCCCUUCCCCCUCCCUCUCACCCAGACCCUUUAGUUGCCCUUUUCCUCCAUUGUCUCUUUGAAAAACCAAACUCCUCUCUCUCUCUCUCUUCUUUCUUGAAGAGGCUAUAAUAGAAAAGUCUCUCUUCCUUUUCCAUUUCAUUCAAGCUCAUUUUGCACACUUUAUUCCCAGCAAUCCAUCCAGCCACACUCUUGAGAAAAAAAAUAACCCGAGCUCGAUCGCUGCUCGAAAGUGCUAGCUCCAGGUACCCAAGUUGUUAGGGAAAAUGUUGAGGGGAGGGAACUUUCGGGAGCGCUUCACGGAUACGAUCCCCAUCCCAGAUCUCUCCCUCCACAUAAGCCCUCCGAACAGCGCCCCGUCCUCGACCUCCACCGAGAGGGACUCCUCGACCAAUUUCGACAUCUGGGGCCGAUUUGACUCCCUCAAUGGCUGUGCCCUAAAAUCACCCCACAGUGAUGGCUCCACUGUCAAGGAGGCUGACACUGAGCUCUCCUUAGCCAGCAACAGCUUUCCCUCAAGCCACUUGGAGGCGGAGAGCCCUUGGAGAUCGUCGGAAGAGCACGACAUCGAUGGCUUCUUCAAGAAGAGGAAUAUGAGCCGCCACGGGAUUGAUUCUCUCCUGGGCGUCUCAGAUAAAUUGCAACCCAUCAUCGGGACACCCGUGUACAAUAGCAACAACACCGCCUCGUGCAGCAACACUUGGUUUCCCUUUUCGCCUCCAUCGCCGGCAGAUUAUAACGGCUACUUCCCAAAGGCUUACCCGGCUUUUGCUAACCCUACUACUGGUCCAAGGCUCGGAAACGGGAUGCGGCUGAUGGAGAAUAUCAUCAAAUCCCAGCAGCAGUUGCAAUACUACGGGGGUGGAGGGAAUCUGGAUUUCUCGAGCAAUAGUCGAUUAAAAUUCAUGCCGAAACCGCAGAACAACAGGAGGAAUAUGAGAGCUCCAAGAAUGCGGUGGACGACUUCUCUCCAUGCUCGCUUUGUUCAUGCGGUCGAGCUCCUCGGAGGGCAUGAAAGGGCCACCCCAAAAUCAGUGUUGGAGCUAAUGGACGUUAAAGAUCUAACGCUUGCUCAUGUUAAGAGCCACUUACAGAUGUAUAGGACUGUUAAGAAUACAGACAAAGCAGCUGCUUCCUCAGAUGGAUCUGGAGAUGAUGAUUUUCUUCCGCCAGCGAAAUCAGUUCCGCCAAAUGGGACCUACUCUUUGCCCAACCAAAGGGGAGCUUCGAAUGGAUCUUUGGAACAUAAUAAUACAGGCUACUCUUCUGUGAACAUGUGGAGCAACUCUUCUAGGGAAGGAGAUCCUAUGAAGCUUCGAGCAGAAACCCUAACUUCGCUAAGGCAAUCGGAGGAAGAUGACAGCUUUCAUCAACCGAAAUUCAUUGGGGGGUCAAAUCGGGGCAUCGGUAGCGGACCUAGCUUGGAGUUUAGCUUAUGAAGAUUGGACUGGAACGCUAACUGUUGCGAUCGAUAAUGAUGCAUGGUUGUAAACCCAUAUAUAUUGUUCUCCAUUAUUUACGUAUAUGGUUUGGGUUUUGAGAGUUGUAUUGAGAGAAAAUGGAGAAUUACAAAUCAAAGAAGAAGAAGAAGAAGAAGAGGAGGAGGAGGAGGAGGAGGAGGCAGGAGUAGUGAUAUGUUUCGUUCAUUCUGUGUAUAAUCAUUUCGGCCUAUCUAAGCUUUCUCUCUUUCAGCUGAUUCGAAAGUUGUUGGCUGGAAUUGCAAGUAACUGAAGCAAGAGCCACAAAGUAAACAACCGAUCCUCUUCGACAAUUAUUUCAUUGUCUUAUCCGAGAUAUUUAUUAUA